CAAUGUGUUUAUUUACCAUGUGGAUCUGUUUUUGGCUAUUUUCAAAUUAAAUUGUUUUAGUUAUUUUUCUUUGUUUACGGUCAAAAUUUUUUGUCUUAAAAUUUGUUUGUACUAAAAAUUGGUUUUUAACUUUUAAUUAUUUAUUGUAUGAAAUUGUGGCCAUUUUUCAAUUUUAUAUUUUUAGUUUAUAUUUAUAAUUUCAAAAUGAAUAUAUAUCAAAAGAUCAUUAAAAAAUAUUUUGUCCGUGAAUUCAGUGUAAGUUCUGUGCAAUCGGCCAGAUUCCGUCCAAACUGUAUGGACCAAGAUGAAAUGUCUGGUUUGCUAUUGGGCAUUCACCAUUUUCCUCAGAAAGAGGGAGUGGGGUUUAAAACAAAAACAUCCGAAGCAUAUGAUAAACUCCACGGUGGCAAAUUAGACGAGCUUGUGAGAAAGGCUGGACCCAUACCUCGCCUCGGAGAAACAAGGGUUUUUUAUGACUUAGACCCACAAUUUAAUGUUGUCGUUGUGGUAGGCUUAGGCGAAGAAUGUGUAGGGUACAACGAGCGUGAACAGAUGGAUGAGUGGAAAGAGUCAAUAAGAAUCGCUGCAGGUUCAGGUGUUAGAAAACUACAAGAGCUGCAUGCAAGAACUGUACAUAUCGAGAGCUUCGGCCACGCAGAAUCUAGCGCAGAAGGUGCUGCUAUGGGGAUGUGGGUUUAUCAAGAGCAUAAAAGUCCCGAACAACAAAUAUUCAUACCAAGACUGGAGCUUUUUGAUGACUGUGAUUACACAAGUUGGCAGAUAGGCCUUCAGAAAGCCGCCGCACAAAAUUUAUCUAGACAAUUAUCUGAAACAGCUUCCAACCUUCUUACGCCUAUAGGUUUUGCUCAAAUGGCAGUUGAUGUCUUAGCAAAAGCUAAUGUCAAUGUUGAAGUGAAAGUGCACAAUUGGUCGAAAGCAAUGCAUAUGGAAGGAUUUUUGUCAGCGGCUAAAGGCUCAUGUGAACCCCCGGUAUUUCUCGAAGCUAGUUACUACGGUUGCGACCACGAUACUGCCCCAAUUAUUCUUAUUGGGAAAGGUGUAACCUUCGACAGUGGUGGAUUAUGCUUGAAAAACAGACAGGAAAUGAAGUAUAGCCGGAGCAAUAUGUCAGGAGCAGGCACGGUUGUGGCAGUGUGCAGAGCUGCUUCAGCACUUCAGCUCCCGAUAAAUGUUAGAGCGUUAAUCCCCCUGUUUGAAAACAUGCCUGGCUCAUGCGCUUACAAACCGGGAGAUGUUAUCAGAUCGAGGAACGGAAAGACAAUAAUAGUGAACGAUACUGAUUUUGAUGGAAGGAUAUCUUUAACUGAUGCCAUCACUUAUUCAUCUACCUACAAUCCCAAGUUUAUCGUGGAUGUCGGUAUGCUUUGCCGAGAGACGGGUGAAAUUAUGGGCCAAGGGGCAACAGUCGUAUUCACCAACAAUGAUCUACUCUAUGAGCAAAUGAGGAUAGCCGGAGUUCACACUGGUGAUAGAAUCUGGCGACUGCCGCUUUGGGAAUAUUACCAUCUAAUGAUUUCUGACCAUGAAAUAGCAGAUACAGGCGACUUGUACAGAGCAUGUGGAGCUACAGGCUCUUGUGCAGCUUUUCUUCACGAGUUUGUCCCCUCGGUUGACUGGAUUCAUUUGGACACUUUCGGCGUCAAUAGGACCGAUGGGAAAACCUGGUCAUACCUCAGGAAAGGUAUGACUGGCAGGCCGACACGAACGAUAGUGGAGUUCCUUGCUUCUUUGGCUUGUCAGGAGGAUGAGAAUGAAAAAAUGAAGGCGGCAUCAUGUGCAUAAAAAUAUAAAAUUUUAAAACCA